AAAGCUAGUAAUAUGAAAAUGUAAAAAUUGUACUAGGAUUUUCUUAUACCCAGUUUAUUCCUAAGGCUUACUAUAUUUGUAAGACUGUUAGUUUACAAAUUUAAAGAUAAAACACGUUCCAAACUUUAACGCAACAAAACUCGGUUACGUAGUUAAUAAUACGGAGGAAAUAUGGAAAACUGAAACACUUUUCGACCUUAUAACAGUUAAACGAAUGCGGGAUAAAAUUAACUUGUGAAAAGCGCGCAAAAUAUUCGAGCAAAAAUUACGCGAAUAUUUUGUGCAGAGACUAAUUUACUCAUCAUUCGAUACAGAUAAGAAAGAGAGCGGAAGAUAUCGCUUGUAGAGUGGCCAGGACUCGUUUAGCCGUUAACUUUUUGAUUUCUAGCCAGAUAUUUAAAUUUUACACCAUCCUGCAGAUUUAAAAUGUCUGCCCACAUUUGAGUAGACUAGCAUUAACUGCAUAAUCGUAACUCGUACAGAAUAGGUAUAGAUUAAUCAAUAUUCAGUUUAAAAUUGUUUUAAUGCGUAUGCAUUUCUGAAUAUUUUUGCAGUUUGACCUUACGCUUCGAAUCUCUGUAACGCAUCAGUUUUACAAUGUUGAUAACAUUGAUCAGUCGUCUGUAAGAGAAUAUUUAACCAAAGUUAAUAUUUGAGAUGAGAUAUUUUUUGGGUUUGGUGUUUGGAUGCGGUUUGGUGUCGGCUGCACAGGACACUGGGUACCCGGCAGGAUUGUUUGCCGACUGCCCCGGUAUGAACCGCAGCAUAAAACUAUCAGAAGAAACGAAGCUCUCGCUGUCAGUGGUCGUUUUUUGGCCUAAAUCUCACAUAUUUGAAAUUAACGAAAAGAAAUGCAACUUCGGUCCAGACGGAGCCGCAUGUAUUGCGAGUGUUUUGCAUUUCAAGAGGAGAAAAACACAGGUGCUGAUCAGCGGUUACUUGGACGCGUCGUUCUCCCCUAUGGCGCGGAUGGUACUGGACCCUUAUCUCAAACUGGACCGCAACGUGAUUGUCAUGGAGAUAUUUCCCAUAUUAUAUCGCAGCUAUCCCAUCGCAGCUCGUUUAACCAAGCCACUAGGCUACCUGUUAGGCGAGCUCCUAGCGCAGUUGACACACCGCGGCCUCUCGCACAAAGACAUGGAAUUACUUGGAGGAAGUCUGGGCGCCCACAUCGCCUACCACGCAGCGGUUAAAUACCACCAACUAACCUAUAGGAAACCGAUGAGACUUACUGGGUUAGACCCGGCAGGUCCGUGUUUUCGUAAUUUGCCACCAGAGGACAGGUUCAGUCCGAGUGCGGCGCACACAGUAGACGCGCUGCACACUAAUAUGGACGGCUUUGGUCUGGCUGAUACUGUGGGACAUAUUGACAUAUAUGCUAAUGGUGGUGAAUACCAGCAAUCAAUGGUGAACGGUUUCCUAUUACCUUGCCUCACGCUGUGCAGUCACAUGCGAGCUGCCAUGUACUGGGUCUCGGCACUCCACAACCCGGGAAAAUUCCUCGCAAUUCGCUGCCAAUCUGUCACUAAAGCUAGACAUGGCGACUGCUAUGACGAACAAAUUGUUACCAAUGUUUUAGGAUCGAAGACUGAUUUCAAUCGACCCGGUAUAUAUUACUUACCGACCAAUGAAACUGACCCUUACUAUAUUUACAAAGAAGCUUUAGUAAAAAGACCGUAUGGUCCAAAUGCUUACCUUCAGAAAGUUUCUCCUGAUGUUGACAUGGUUAUAUAGACUAGAUUUCGCCCGCGAGUCCGUCCGCGUGAAAUUAAGAAAUAACAUAAAACGUAGUCUAUGUUACUGACAACG